AUUGGGCACCCCUGUUCUACAACAAUCACGCAGAACCAGCCCCUCCACUCCCUAAAGGUAAAGAGUGCUGGUAUUUGCCGAUGUUUGGGGUCUAUCAUCCCAGGAAACCUGACCAAAUCAGAGUUGUUUUCGACUCAAGCGCACAAUGCAAUGGCAUCUCGCUGAACAAUGUGCUACUCACCGGACCAGACUUGAAUAACAGUCUAAUGGGAGUCCUUAUUCGUUUCAGGAGAGAGUGAGUAGCAGUCAUGGCUGACAUCGAACAGAUGUUUCAUUGUUUUGUCGUGAGAGAAGACCACCGAGACUACUUACGCUUUCUGUGGUAUAGAGAAAAUGAUCCCAGCAAAGACAUUGUUGAAUACAGGAUGAGGGUUCACGUAUUCGGCAACAGUCCUUCUCCAGCUGUGGCAACAUACUGUCUCAGAAGAGCUGCAAAGGAAGGAGAACAGCAGUAUGGGUCAGACACCAGACAUUUUGUGGAACGCGAGUUCUAUGUAGAUGAUGGCCUUGUUUCCACAUCCACAGAGGAAGAGGCAAUUUCUCUGCUACAGAGAACCCAAGCAUCUCUCUCUCAGUCAAACCUGAGACUGCACAAGAUCACGUCCAACAGCGUUGACGUCUUGAAAGCCUUUCCUACAGGAGAUCAUGCUAAGGGCAUUAAAGAUCUUUACUUGGAUGGAGACGCAGUACCCACACAGCGAAGCCUUGGAUUGAGUUGGGAUGUUAAAAGGGACACAUUCACCUUCCAAGUGUCAGUCAGUGACAAGCCGUUCACACGACGCGGGAUUCUCUCCACCAUAAACAGUCUUUUCGACCCUCUCGGCUUCGUCACUCCUGUGACCGUUCAAGGCAAGUCGUUGCUGAGAGAGUUGACCUUAGAUGGAACCGACUGGGACAGUCCACUCCCUCAGGACAAAUGUAAGGUUUGGGAGACAUGGAAAAAUUCGCUUCAAGAACUGCAACAUCUUCAUAUCCCUCGAGCGUAUACCACCACCUCCUGUUCCAAUGCCAGUCGUACAGAGAUAUGCAUCUUUUCAGACGCUUCAACCAAAGCGAUUGGCGCGGUGGCGUACCUCAAGACAACAGAUGCAAACGACCAGAUUCAUGUGGGUUUUAUUCUUGGGAAAGCUAGACUUGCACCACCAACUGAACCUACCAUACCCAGACUGGAGCUGUGUGCGGCAGUGCUAGCCGUAGAAGUUGCUGAGUUUAUCGUUCAAGAGAUCGAUAUCCAAAUUGAUGCAGUCACCUUCUACUGUGACAGUAAAGUGGUGCUGGGCUACAUUCAUAAUCAGUCCAAACAUUUCUAUGUUUAUGUCCACAACAGGGUCCAGAGAAUCCGCCAGUCCACACAACCAAAUCAGUGGAGGUAUGUACCUACGGAGCAUAACCCAGCUGACCAUGCUUCUAGGUCCGUUCAAGCCUCACAGCUCACCAGAACCAAUUGGUUCACGGGUCCAACAUUUCUAUACAAGUCACAGCCAAGCAGCGAGCAACAUAAGACCUUUGAGCUUAUCAACCCAGACGCAGAUGUUGAGAUACGACCACAAGUUACAACCUGUGUUACGAGUCAAAAGAACAAGUUGCUGGGCUGUGAGAGAUUCACGAAAUUCUCUUCCUGGAAGGCCAUACAGAGAGGAGUUGCAACACUCAUCCACGUGGUUUGUUCUUUUAAGGCAAGCAGCCGAGGAACCAACAGAUGUAAUGGUUGGCAUUGGUGCCCAAAACCUCUCACAGCUGACGAGUUGUCCAAGGCAACUACAGUGAUUCUUCUUGCUGUGCAACAAGCAUCUUUCCCUGAAGAUUUGGAUGCUCUCUCCAAGGGAGCCGAUGUUUCCAAGAGAAGCGCUCUAACUAAACUCAACCCGAUCAUAGAUGCAGAUGGUCUGCUAAAGGUUGGAGGCAGGUUGACGUUAGCUGACUUAAGUGACAAAGAAAGGCAUCCUGUCAUUCUUCCAGGCAAACACCAUGUAUCUACGUUGCUCAUCAAACACUAUCAUGAGCAGGUCGAGCAUCAAGGUUGUACCAUCACAGAAGGUGCCAUUCGAGCUGCUGGCAUAUGGAUAGUUGGCGGCAAGCGAUGCGUGAGUACUGUUCUUCGCGGAUGCGUCACCUGUCGACAGCUUCGUGGGAAAAGAGAGAAACAAAAGAUGUCAGACCUGCCGCAGGAGCGACUAAGCACUUCACCACCCUUUACCUACACUGGUGUGGACAUUUUCGGUCCUUGGGCCGUGAUAGCCAGGCGCACAAGAGGAGGCAUGGCUCAGAGUAAGCGUUGGGCCGUUCUCUUCACUUGCAUGAGCACACGUGCAGUCCACAUAGAAGUGAUAGAGUCUUUAGACACCUCUUCGUUCAUCAACUCCUUGAGAAGAUUCUUUGCAAUCCGAGGUCCUUCUGAGCACCUAUACUCAGACUGUGGAACCAAUUUCGUUGGUGCUUGCAAAGAGUUGGAGUUCCAAAAGGUUUUGUCAAAGUCAGAAGUUCAGAGAUACACCAACAAUCGCGGAUGUACAUGGCAUUUCAAUCCACCUCACUCCUCGCACAUGGGCGGUGCGUGGGAACGCAUGAUAGGAGUUGCAAGGAGAAUCCUAGACUCAAUGCUGAUGCGUACUCCCUCCUCCAGUUUGACCCACGAAGUCCUGUGCACCCUGAUGGCGGAGGUGACAGCCAUCAUCAACUCUAGACCGCUUGUCUCUGUCUCUUCAGAUCCUGACGUUCCUCAGAUACUUACCCCAGCAAUGCUUCUCACUCAGAAGCAGAGUGUUCCACCUCCUCCAGGGACGUUCACUGAGAAGGACCUGUAUAAGCAACAGUGGCGCCAAGUGCAAAGGUUGGCCGACCAAUUCUGGAAUCGUUGGAAACGCGAAUACUUGCAGACACUGCAACUUCGUCGUAAAUGGCAAGAGUCCAGCCCAAACAUCGAAAGAGGUGACGUUGUCUUGAUGAAAGAUGAUCGUACAUGCCGGAACGAUUGGCCCAUGGCUCUUGUGACGAACACCUUCCCCGGCGGUGAUGGAAACGUCCGCAAGAUCGAGAUCCGGGUCGUCCGAGACGGAGUGGCCAAAGUGUUCCUCAGGCCUAUAACGGAGGUUGUUAUGGUUUUAAAGAACCAGGACUGAAAAGGUUAUGUUGUGGUUUGAAUAUUGAUAUAUGGCAUCUUAACAGAUACCAGACGGGGAGUGUUCCGCUCUUAAUUUUACUGCAAUAUAGGCGCUCUUUGUAGUGAGCUAAUUUUAUUUUGAAAUUCGUUUUAUUUUGAAAACCAGUUUUGGGAAGUGACAGGAAGUCAGCCAUGUUUGUUUAGUUCUUAGCAGAUCACAUGUGGGGAAAUUUGAUCCAGCGACAUCUGCCUUUUGUUUGUGCCAUCGACACCACCGUCUGAACCCACUAUGAAAAGUGCCCAUUUGACUUGGUUUUCCAGUGCCAGCUGCACAGAGGAUGGUCAUUUCAUUGGUGUUUGUGAGCUCAAGAUGACUGAAGGGAGAAACCAGUUCCUCAGGAGGUGGUCAGUGGUGGGGCCUCCUCUGAAAAAGGUUUUUUAUACAAACGUUUAUCUUAAACAUUACUGU